AUAUCAAUGAAUGUGAUAACAAUCCGUGUCACGCAAAUGCAACAUGUGGCAAUACCCUGGGCUCCUAUGACUGUGUGUGUAAAACUGGUUUCUCUGGUGGUGGACAUAACUUCUGCAACGGUAUUUUUAUGAUUUUUAUUUCGUAGAAUAAUUCAUGUAAUGCCAUUCACACAGGGGGUGGUUUUCCAAUCCACCCAAGCCAGAGGUUCUUGAUACAUUACGCGUGCUCGACAACCAUUGGCGUACGUGAGGGAAAAAAUUAGAGGGAAAAAGAAAUUUUCCCAACAUUUUUGCAUUUUAGCCAAACAAUCAAACAAAUGUUCCACUGGUAAACUUCGGAAGUUGUUGUUGACCGGGUGGGGGAACUUUUCGAACGGUUAAUAUUUUUGCAUGCAAUACAUAUUUCUUGCAUUUUUUACUAUUAUCUUAAACAUACCUUACUUUUUAACUUAAUUCCCCAUCUUUAUGCUCAAUUUUAAAAUUUGAUGCGUUUAACAUUUUCUCGACUUGCGUUUGAAUUUUUCCGACUUUUGGGAGGGGGGUGUAGCUGCCCCCGCUCCCCGUCUCGUGCGCUCAUGUUAGCAACUAGGACCUAAGGUUUAGUUUAAUAUUCGAGGAAAGAAGUUACUGGAGGACCCCGAGGAAAAUCCUUGAAGCACAGAAGUGAUUUAAUCAAACCUGAAGUGCGCGUGUCAGGGUAGUGCAGUUAUCUGCCCUCGAUCUAUUCUAAAACUACACCCGAGUGACAGAGAGUAACAAACGAGUACAUGCAGACGAGCUCAGACGAGUAACAGGCGACUACAGACGAGAAACAGAGGACUAUAAACAAAUACAGACGACUGCAGACGAGUAAAUCUUCUAAAUACAACAACAAACAGCAUUUUGACGGAUUUGUUUCAACAAAUGAUGCAAUAUUUUUCAAAAUGGCAAUUGGCGACUGCAGUAUGUGAGAUUUCUGUCUUUAGCCGCUUUUGUAAGUGAAGGAGAAAAAUGUACUAUUAUAGUCAUAAAACUGUUUGCAAUUUUGAGUCUGUGUGGAUCGCAUUUGUGUAAUUUACGUUGAACUUUACGUCGUUGAGCAAGGUAUUAAAUUCUUGGGUUUCAAUCACGGUUUUCAGUAGCAUAAUUUUACUCAAGUGAGGUACACAAGUACGAUCCAAAUUGACCGAAAAUUGCAAAUAAUUUUAUGAUUAUGGUAAUACAGUUCUCACCUUUACAUACAAUAACGGCUAAAGACAGAAAUCUCACAUACAGUGGCGUAACGGAGGACGAUGGCCCUUAGGCAUAUUUGGUGUGGGGGCCACUGUUGACUGUUGUCAUUGUUUGACUGACUCUGAGAUAUUAAAGGGUUAUUAACCGAGAGCGAGGUCUGUACGGGAAAGUAUUUGCCUGAGGUUUUCGUACAGACCGAGCGACGAAGGAGCGAGUUCUGUGCGGAUAAACCGAAGGCAAAUACUUUCCCGUACAGACUGAGCAAAACGAGGUUAAAAAACCGUUUAUUAUAUUGGCUCCUUAAACACAUUUUCUGAUUUUCAUAUAUUUGUUUGAGUGCUAUAAAGGUAUUUUUGAGCUAUGUUUAUUUACUAGUUUUCUUCGUUUAGAUUUGGUUUCGUCACCGAAUAUUGUUUACGGAAAAGCAUGUCAAACAAUUGCUUUAGAACUACUUUUUCGGUUUAUAUGAUAUUUGUUUAGAAUAUGCUAUUAAAGACGUUAAAUUCAUGUAUGUUAAAUUCAUGUAUAAAUAUUGCAUCACUGAUUAAAAACAAUCCGUCAAAAUGCUGUUUAUUAGUUGUAUUUACAAAAUUUACUCGUCUGUAGUCGCCUGUUACUUGCCGUUACUCGUCUGUGCCCGUCUGCAUGCACUCGUCUGUCACUUGGGUGCAGUUUUAUAAUAGAUCUCAGCCCUUUACGCUUCCAAUUUGAAAAUAAAUUAACUAAACCAGAGAAGCUUGUCUUUGCUUUUCAAUUAUAUAUUUGCUUGGUUUUUAUUUUUAUUUAAUAGACGAUGACGAGUGCACUCUUGGAACAGAUAACUGUCAUGUAAAUGCAAGUUGUCAAAAUAAACCCGGAUCAUUUAGCUGCGUCUGUCUGCCAGGAUUUGUUGGAAACGGAGUUUCUUGUCAAUGUAAGGACAUAUAAUUAUAGACCUCUUACAAUUAUUGAUCCAUGGCAAAUGUUGAAUCUGCUUAUAAAUUUGGGGGAUCUUGUUCGAACGCCAGUUAGCUUUUAUAGAUUUUAACGAAAUGUUGAAAAUGCAUAAAUUAGAUCAACUAUUUGAAGGGAUGUCGUUUGCUAGAAACAAAAUAAAAAUGGUACACCAUGUAUAUAGCAACAAUACAACAAUUAGAAAUUGGUCACAAAUGUGACGUCACUUUUAACUUAACUUAAAAAACACCUGGUUACCCAUAUUUUGGAAAAUAUUUCACUACCUGAUAAAAUGGGGGUAAAUAGGCGCAACAUGCGUUAAAAGCCAAAAGAUAUCGGCUAUUCUGAAUCAUCAUUGUUGCCAUAACAACAGUGGUGACAUCACUUUUGUGACCAAUUCCAAAUUCUUACACCCGUAUUCUAAAAGCUCACUCACACUCAAUGAGUGGAGGUUCAAUCUCAGCUUCUCUUUAGUGACAAUUUGAAUAGCUGGAGGGUGAGUGGUCACCGAGUAAGGUAUGAUACUAGCCCUCCAGCUAUUCAAAAACAGCAUUAAAACAAAAGAGAAGCUCAGAUUGAACCUCCACACAUUGAGUGUGAGUGUGAGUAAGCUAUUAGAAUACGGGCGUUAGACUGUUGCAUUAUAAAAGUUACACAAUUUUUUUAUUUCAGACAAGAACAUUCCUUGAAAACGUUUUAUCAAAUUCAUGAAUUUCUCUUAUUUUUAAAUUGUAGAUAGCCACCUUAAUCCUAUAGGUUAAUUAAAUACUAUCUUCCUAACGGCGUGUUUAUAAAAAUUUUAAAAGCUUAUUAAUUUACGAGGAAAAGACAGAGGAAACCACUACCGUGUCGGUGGUUUUAUAUGUGAUAAAAUAUCAUGUUAAUUUACAUAAAGUUUAGCUUGGAUUUUCUCAGCUUAGAUUGUCAGACAAUGGUUUUUUAGGAUUACAUCGCCAAUGAACUCAUAAGAAGGGUCGUUUUUAAAGUCAUACAAAGCACUCCCACGCGUUCUUUAUUUAAAUAUAAAUAUUUCCCCAAAAAUCUUGUCCGGACAAAUAAAAGUGUUGUUUUAUGAAGUUUUGAAAUAGAAUGAUGUGGUAAACCAAAUGAACACUGAGUUAAAUUUUCACAGUGAGUUAGCGCUGAUCUUCCGGGAGUUUUGAUUUGUUUCUAGUUGCCCUGCAGGUGCCACGCAUUAUGUCAUUCUAAGGUCAACUGCAAUGGUACAAGUAUUACAUAUAUGUAAUCAUUCUCAGAGAUAUGAAGAAGGGUGGAAGUCAAUCACUCCAGGGAACAACGAGAAAGCUAUCUGUGACUGUUCGUCUUUUUCAGAUUUUAUUUCUAGUACGGGGGAUCAAAAUACUGUACUUUGGUUGGAAUGAUAUAAUGUGAUAAACAACGUUAACCUGUUGUCGUGAUAGACAAUAACAUUUUCAUUAACCAUGAUUGUUACAAACAAGCUGUAGGGAAGACAGAAGUAUGUUAUUGUCGACCUAGCCAAGCUAAUAUGUCAUGGCUAAAAAUCACUGACAGAAAUUUGCUACCUCCUUACUAAUUUGCAUAUCAUCGAUACAUAACCCAUUCAUAUUAUAUGGAUUCGGCCGUAAGCAGUAAAUUAUGUUAUGUGACGCUGUAAAUCGAAAAAUCAGAGAAUACGGUAGGUUGACAAUGUUUUCAAUAUGCAAGUUACGAAGGAAGUAGAAUAAGUGAAGUCUGUACAUGUGAUUUCUAGCCAUGUUUCCAAUAAGAGACUCCUAGAUGAGUUUAAUGCCCAUUUUCCACUCCGUAUUUCGCCGCCGCUGGCGAAAAAUUUUGACAAAAAAUCUUUUUUUUACAUUCAUUCGCCGCUGAAGAAAUUUGUUCUCCUGCUACAGUUGCUUAAAAUUUUCAACUUCUGUUUCACCAUUCGUUGACGGCGCGAAAAAACAAGAGUCAAGCAAUACGUUUGAAGUGAUAUCACGAGAGCUUCUCACGACAGAAUGCAGUGACGAAACUUUGUGUCGGCACUAUGUGGCUUUAACCAUGAUAGUUUUAAAGAAAAGUUUAUCCGCGACUGCAAACCAUUUCUCUUGACAUCUAUAUAAUAUUUAGUUUUUUCCUUCAGAUGACAAAGAAUGUGCAAGAACUAUUUGUCAUCAACAUGCUAUUUGUAUCGACACGAUUGGUUCCUUUAGAUGCGAGUGUAAUGAAGGCUUCACCGGUGAUGGAAUACUAUCCUGCCAAG